AUGAAGUAUAUCGUGCGGUAAAAUUUCAUGUGACAAGAGUUGUAUUUUUUAUUAUUAAAGCGGUAGUGUUCGAUCAGCUCAGAUAGUGAUUUUUCUUUUUUUUUUUUAAUGAUAAUAGUUCCAUUAAACACAGAGGAUUGCAUUUCAACCAAGUGACUUUAGAGAACGCGGUUUUUAGAUGGUUGAAAAGCAGUAAUGGAGAAAUGGCAAAUUCGUUAGAAAUAUGUUGGAUACGAUUCUUGAGAACAGAACCAUAUAAAAUGUUCUAUAAAACGUCAAUGAGUGAGGACGUACUGUUCAAAAUUUUGGAUUUACUACUCGCGUCGGUUGAGACCAAGAAACUAUAA